AUGCCCACCCGGAAAUCCACCGCCGACACAGACGGGCCCUCGCCGCAACCGCAACCGCAGUCGCAGUCGCAGCCAAACAUCCAAGCGACAGAGCAGCAGCUCAAGGCUCGGGCGGAAGGCGGGGAUUACCUUCUCCCACGCUCGUUGACACUGCGGCUGGCGAAAUCCGUGCUGCCGCCCAACACGGCCAUCCAGAAAGACGCGGUGCUUGCGAUCCAGAAGGCGGCGACGGUCUUUGUCUCGUAUCUCUCUUCGCAUGCGAACGAAGCGACGCUCAAACGGACCCUUGCGCCUGCGGAUGUGUUUGCGGCCUUGUCGGAGCUCGAGCUCGAUGCGUUCCAACUGCGGCUGGAGAAGGAGCUGGAGGCUUUUACGGAGUUGAAGGCUGGGAAGCGGAAGGCGAAGAAGGGUGGUGCUGAGGCUGAGGCUGAGGGGGCGGGGGCGGGGGCCGGGCAGCAGGCUGUGAAGACGGAUGCAGGCGAUGCUGUGCGGAAGGCGAAGAGGGUGAAGCGCGGUGAGGAGGCGGGAGUGUCUGCGACUCAGACAGUGGAUGAGGAGGAUGACGACGACGACGAUGAUACCCAGGAGGAACCGGAGCAGGGGCUGGAGAAUGGGGAUGAGGCCGAAGAGGAGGAGGAGAGUGAGGAGGAGGAAGAAGAUGAGGAUGAGACUCAGGAUGAGGAAGAGGACGUUGAUCGCGUGGAGGACCUGGACCGUGACUUACGGCCGCAGCGGACGAUGGAUCCUGAUGCUGCUGGAGACGAGACGGACAGUGAGGAUGAGACGGGGCCGGGGUCGCAGUUGCAGCGGGGGCUAGGAUUGGGAUAA